AGACAUCGCAAAAACAUAAAUAUCUCCAGGUGGGCGAAACCGAUAGGGCCCUUGCGCCGGCUUCCACCAUCAACUGGUUGCUAUCGCAGAAUGCAAAAGUCAGGAAAGAUUCCAUCCUUCUUUGCUUAAAUUUGUCGUUUUUCAACUCUAUUUAUCCUUCUCCAAACUCCAAGGGCCUCAGUACACAACUCUUCGUUUGGGAUUCUGAAUUCCUUCCUCAAUCUCCGCCAGGGAGCGAGCCAGCAUUUGAACUGGGCACAUGGGAACUUCUCUUUGCUUCUUCACUAUUUCGCUAUUUCUUUCGACAAUCUCUUCUUUUUACCUCCAGUUUAUUGCUGCAGCACCAGAUUCCAAGCUGAAGCUUAAUUCCAGGAUCCUUCAGGAGUCAAUAAUUAAAAAAAUCAAUGAAAACCCCAAUGCUGGAUGGGAAGCUGCCAUGAAUCCUCAAUUUUCCAAUUACACUGUUGGUGAGUUCAAGUAUCUCCUGGGAGCCAAGCCAACUCCUAAAAAGGAGUUGAGGGGUUUUCCUGUUAUAAGUCAUCCAAGAUCCUUGAAGUUGCCAAAAGAAUUUGACGCAAGAAAAGCUUGGCCACAAUGUAGCACAAUUGGAAGAAUUCUUGAUCAGGGUCAUUGCGGAUCUUGUUGGGCAUUUGGCGCAGUUGAAUCACUAUCUGAUCGCUUUUGCAUCCAUUUUGGCAUGAACAUAUCUUUGUCUGUCAAUGAUCUCUUGGCAUGCUGUGGCUUUUUGUGUGGAGCUGGUUGUAAUGGAGGGUAUCCGAUCUAUGCAUGGAGAUACUUUGUCCACCAUGGUGUUGUUACUGAAGAGUGUGACCCGUACUUUGAUGAUAUUGGCUGUUCCCACCCUGGCUGUACACCUGAAUUCCCUACGCCAAAGUGUGCAAGAAAGUGUGUUGAUAAGAACCAGCUCUGGAGACGAUCAAAGCAUUAUGGUGUCAGCGCAUAUAGAAUUAGUUCUGAUCCCCAAGAUAUUAUGGCUGAGGUUCAUACAAAUGGACCAGUAGAGGUUGCUUUCACUGUUUAUGAGGAUUUUGCUCAUUAUAGAUCUGGAGUUUAUAAGCAUAUUACUGGUGAUAUACUGGGAGGCCAUGCAGUUAAGCUUAUUGGGUGGGGGACUUCCGAUGAGGGAGAGGAUUAUUGGCUUCUUGCAAACCAGUGGAAUAGAGGCUGGGGUGACGAUGGUUACUUCAAGAUACGGAGAGGAACAAAUGAGUGUGGCAUUGAAGACGACGUGAUUGCUGGUUUGCCUUCAGCCAGAAAUCUUGAUCUUGUUAGAGAGGUUGCUGGCAUUGAUGCUCUUGGGGAUGCUUCUGCUUGAUAACAGUUUAUUAUAGGAGUCCUGUAAUUUAUGCGUAAAACAUGAGUUGCAGAGAUAAAAUAUGGAUAUGUAUCAGGCAUGAAUGGAAACCAGAUUUACAAAUUAAUGUUGUAUUAUUGUUUGUGUCAACAGAACAUUCAUCAUUCACGUAUGAUAGGAUGUAGCUACUUGCUGCAUUUUAAUUUCA